AUGGAGGACGAUAGUAGCGUUACUGUGGAUUUAUUCGAAUUAAAACCCUGCUGUGAAAUCGCUUCACGUUUACAUGAGAAUGAGGAGAUAAGCAGCACCGGAGGAUCUUCUUCACAAAUAUUUGUGGGUACCAACCAAGGUAGAAUAGUCCAUGUAAAGCGGCAUCGAAAAGCGUUUAAAGUUGCUGGAAAUCUGGAAUUGCCACUUAAACGAGAAGUACGACAAAUAGAGUUUGCUUCUGCUCUCGACAUUCUGUUAGUUUUGUGUGAUAACAUAUUAUUCGAGAUUGGACUGGAUUCCUUUGAGAUCUUGUCCAAUCGCUCAGGUGUGCAAUGCGUAACCGUGAAUUCGAAUCCGGAUGUGGUUGACGCAUUCUGUUUGCAAACAGCUGUAGCCACAACUUCGAAGCAAAUCCUUAUCUGUGAGCGUCGAAAUGGGAAAACGGAAGUUGUACAAAAGUUCAAUACUAAUGGUGUGGUCACUGCAAUGGCUUUUUCAAGGCUCACAAUAUGUUUUGCCUCUACUGGAAUGUACAAUAUCUACUACAUGGAUAGAAAAGAACUUAUGCCAUUGUUUCCAUUCGAUUCGGAAGCUGUAAAACCUUGCAUAUGUAGCGUCGAAACGGAUUUUCUUAUGGCUGGUGUGGAUGGCCUUCUCAUAUCUGUGAGUGAGCAAGGUGUAUCAGCCCGGCCGCCAACAGUGAUUCCAUCUACAUGCUUUGAUGUAUUCGUAUACAAUUCUCCAUAUGUAUACGUCAGAUCGGUGAAAGACAUAUGGAUCGUUAGUAUUGAAGAGGCGAAAAUCACGCAAACGCUCAAAAUUGAAGAUGGCAGGGUGCUCUGCUCGUUAGAUGGCUCAAUUAUUGCUGCUAGCUGUCAUGACUUAUUCACAAUUUCUAUGACAUCCCUGGAGAGACAGGCUGACGUGUUAAUAUCGAAUCACAAGUAUGAAGAAGCACUACAGUUGUACGAAAAGCAUCUGAUGCAACAUUUCGACGACGAAACCUUAUUUACUUUCAUGGAGCUUAAAAAGACCAUUGCUUUCAAAUAUCUGAAGGAGCGCUCGUUCGAAAAAGCUGCCGAACUUCUUAUUUCUGCAGAAGUUGACCCCAAAGAGCUUACUACGCAGUUCCCUUGGCCACCAAGUGAGAAUGACGAAAAUUCAGAUGACUAUAAAUUUUUUGAGGAGUACCUACUGCAAAUCCGCGAUUUGCAAUUUGCCGCGCAUUCACGCUCAUUUAUCGACUCAUGUCUUCUCAAGUUAUAUGUCGCCAGGAACGAUCCAGAAUCAGUAUUUCACGUGAAGGAUUACAGUGCAGACCUAUCUGAAAGUGCUACCUUCUUAGAAGAUUCUGGAAAUCAUCAUCAUGCAGCGAGAAUGUGGAUUAUGGCCGGAAAAGAAGCAAAAGCUUGGGAAAUCUGGAAACAUCUUUUCUGCGGGGAUCUUACAGAUACGAAAUUCGUACCAGGUCAAGUACUGGACCUUAUACCUAGUAUCAAGGAGAAAGAGCUCCUAAAGGAGGUCCUUUCGUGGAUGUUAUCUCAGUAUCCUGAUGAAUGUCUGAAGGUGAUCUUGAAUAGCUCUUGUUUGAAUCAAUCGGAGACCAAAAGUCUUUUGGAAGGUGAUGCGAAGCUCUGGCGAAUUUAUCUUGAGAGUUUGCCGCCUUCCAAGGAAACAACCAAGAAUUUAUGCGAAAUCUACAUCAAGGAGUUACUUAGCGGAGAUGUCAGCUCCCGUCACCGCUUUCGACGUCUGCUACUGAAACUAAGCCAGCCUGAGAGAACCGCAAUCUACAACCGGCUUCCAGAAGCCUAUGGGGUGGAGAGACUUCUUUGCGAUAGUAGUCAAUCCGCUGCUGAUGUUUUGGACAAGGUGAUCACUACUUAUCACGACUACGAUGCGGCUGAGCUCAUAUGUUCACAUUUCUCGCGGACACAACCUGAUAUCUGCCUCAAUUUGCUCAAAUAUGUGAAAGUAGACAACUCGGAUUCGAAAUCGACCACAGAUGCUGAAGCUCGCAUACGAUCGUUAUUGAAAUGUAUGGGUGAUGCUGUCGAUUCAAAGAAAGUGAUUCAAGUUUUACCUCCAUCUACUGGCAUAGAUCAGGUUGCGGAUUACCUGAAGCGGUCAGUUGCCAUCAUUCAGAAAGAAAAGGAAACAGCACAAUCAAAGAUUGCACUAUUGGAUAGAGGCAUCCAAUUAGAAAAAUCCAGAUUGCCCAAUAAGAAAAUUGUGAUAGAAGAUAAAACCAUCUGCCUGGUUUGCAAGGAAGCCAUAACCAGCAGCGAUGUUCUUUCUUACCUCAGUACUGGAUAUGUUAUACAUAGUAAAUGUAUGAAACACGAGAACCUAUGCCCUCUAACAAAUGCGAUUCUAACUCUACCUGAUUGAAGUUCAUAUCAAGAUUAUGUGCAGAAAUUAUAUGAUGCUUAUAAAUAUUUAUUUAUAA